AUGGGAGCCUGCCGCCGGCGGCAGCUCCUGGACACCGACCAGAACCGGCACCGGCAGCAGCCGGCAGGACGCGAAGAGCCCGGGCACCGCCGCCCCCCGCACCGGGGGUACCGGGGGCGCCGGGGGCAGAGCCCUGCCCGCCCCGCCGCUCUCCCUCCGGGAAGGGCGGCCCCCGCCGCCCGCUUCGCCCACGGACGGCCCCGUCGCUGCCCUCGCCUCGGCUGCAAGCAGCUGACUGCGAGUUCGUGGAGCGGGAUGCCUUGGGAAGGGAUGGGACAUCUCCACCUGAGCGAGGAGAGGCCCCUGGAGCAGAACGGAGGUGUAAUGCUGAGGAGCUGCAGGGCAGAGCACAGCUUUGGUCACUUUGGAGUUGGAGAUCUUGAGCCGGGGAGGAGAUCCCAGUGAGGGGAGAAGGGAUGUCCCCAGCCUGACAGCUCCUUCCUGGCUGCGCUCUGCCCGCUCUCUGCCCGAUGUCUCCGGGAUUCUCCAGGAGGGACCCAACCUGCCGUGGCCCCAGCAAGAGGCAGCAUUGGCUGCUGGACGUGGAGGGGUUCUGCAUUGCUUCGCACCUGUGGGGAGGGAGCCAGGGGAUGGGGAGCCUGGCAAAAAUCCCGUGUAACUCCUGUAUGUCACCUCCAGGACCCAAAUACCCCUGGGCAGAGAGGUGUGAGCACCGUCCCAGCUGGGUGUGGGGAUGUUGGUGGGAGCAGGAGGGAGGUCUGAGUGGGAUGGAUGCCAUGUUAAGGGGCUCUGCUCAUGGAGCAGAGCUUGGCCUACGCUGUGCGUGUGUGCGUGAUGGACUGAGCGUGGGCUGACCACGCCUGGUCCAGGCGGUGUUCCAUUGCACUGUAAGAAAAAAGCACUGUAAUUCCUCCCUAAUUAAAAUCAACCCCACCCCGUGCACUGUUGCAAAUAAACACUCCUUUCUGCAAAAGCGA